AUGGCCUCUGCAUACGUUUCCCCACCUCGCUCUCCUGCUGUGGAGACCCGCCCAAGCGCACCCCCAUCUGCCGAUACGGUUUUUGCUGUUCUCAACCAGCCUCCCCCACCCACUCUUCGUGAAGUGCUUGCUGCAUACUCUGCCAAGGGAGAUGGAGACCGCGAAAUGCUCAUUGCACUCCUCAAAGCCAAGGCAGCCGAGGACUCGCGCAUUGCCAACGUGGCUCAACUUCAACAGCAAAUUGUCCAGAUGCAAAUGACUGCUCUGAGCGCACAUAUGCAAUCGCUUGCUAAGCGACCCCAGCCCACCGAGAACCGCGAGCGAAGGAGCCCGGUCUCUCCAUCCCCUCCUGCCAGGCGGCCCCGCUCUAGCACCCCAAUCCGCUCUCGGGCCCACCCCUACUCUCGUCCCUCUACCGACGACCACCCGUUAUGGAAGGGCAGGAAGACCUGGGAUGUCAGUGUCAGCGACGAAAGGAGCACCAGUGAAGAUGGAGCAGACUACUAG